AUGACCGCCAAUAACUCCGACUACGCUUCGUUUUAUUAUUCGAGAAAUUUACACCAACACCAGAAACGCCUGCUUCAACUGCUCAAUGCUUGUUCAAGACUUCGAUCCGUUAAAGCAACGAUGAUUCUCCAUGCUCUCGCCGUCACUGUGGGUCCCAUUCCCACACAAACGAUAUUUGUUCGCAACAGUAUCAUGUCGAUGUACGCGUCGCUCGGCGAGCUAUCGGUAGUGCGCAAACUGUUUGAGAAAAUGCCUGAACGAAAUGCGGUGUCGUAUAAUACGGUCAUUGGUGUUUAUAGUAGACGUGGGUACGUAGAAGAAGCCUGGAAAAUGUUCUAUGAGAUGAGGGGUGAUCAUGGAAUUGAGCCGACACAAUUCACUUUCAGUGGGUUGUUGUCAUGCGAGUCGUUGGAUGUUUGUAAAGGUGUUCAGCUUCAGGCAUUAGCCGUAAAGAAUGGAUUGUUUUUUCCUGAUGCUUUUGUGGGCACUGCUUUACUGGGUAUGUACGGAAAGCACGAUUGGUUGGAUGAAGCGAUUUGCGUAUUUGAAGAUAUGCCUCGUAAGAGCUUGGUGACGUGGAAUUUGAUGCUAUCUUUGCUUGGUCGUUAUGGUUUUGUUGAAACCUCUGUCUUUUUAUUUCGAGAGCUUAUAAGGACAGAGGCUGCUUUGUCUGAGUUUUCUUUUGUGGGCGUGCUUUCUGGAUUUUUAUGCAAACAAGACCUUGAAUUUGGGGAACAAAUUCACGGUUUGGUAAUAAAAACUGGGUUUGAUUAUGAAGUGUUGGUGGUGAACUCUCUCAUCAACAUGUAUGUCAAAUGUGAGGCAACAUGCUUGGCAGAGAAAAUGUUUGAGGAAGUGCCUGUUCAAGAUGUUGUAACGUGGAAUACUGUCAUUGGUGCAGUGGCAAAAAGCGAGAGACCUGAAAGAGGAUUAGAACACUUUUCGAAGAUGUCCAUUGGUGGAGUGAUGCCUAACACUAGCACAUAUCUUAGCCUUAUUAACUGUUGUAUCAAUAUGGCGAUCCCAAUUUAUGUAGAGGUGAUCCAUGCAAAAGUAAUCAAGAAUGCUUUUGGAUUUGAUGUUUUUGUGGGUAGCACAUUGGUCGGUUUAUAUGCUAAAUGUGAUAACUUGGAAGGUGCUCAUCGUUGUUUCCAUGAGAUAUCCGGAAAAAAUGUAGUGUCCUGGAAUGCCUUGAUUUCUGGUUACUCAAAUAAAUGCUCUUCAACAUCAAUUUCUUUACUACGAGAAAUGCUUCGGUUAGGUUACCAACUAAAUGAGUCAACAUUUUCAGCUGCUCUUAAGUCAUUAGCAGCAUUAGAACUACAACACCUUCAUUGUUCGAUCAUAAAAAUGGGUUAUCAGAACAAUGCAUAUGUAUUAAGCUCUCUUGUAGCCUCAUAUGCCAAAAAUGGUCUGAUAUCUGAUGCCUUGGCCUUUGUUACAGCUUCUGAUAGUCCUCAUCUAACAGUCCCCUUUAAUAUCAGUGCGGGAAUUUAUAACAAAUUUGGAUAUUAUGAGGAGACACUGAACUUACUUUCUCUACUUGAGGAACCUGACAGUGUAUCUUGGAACAUAAUGAUGGCAGCUUGUGCUCACAAUGAUUAUUACGAAGAGGUCUUUGAGCUUUUUAAGCAAAUGACUAUGCUUGAUAUCUAUCCCGACAAUUAUACAUUUGUCAGUCUUUUAAGUGUAUGUGCUACACGUUGCAACCUUGCUUUGGGAAGUUCUGUUCAUGGUCUUAUCAUAAAGACAUAUUUUAAUUGUUGCGACACAUUUCUCUGCAAUGUGUUAAUGGACAUGUAUGGAAAAUGCGGGGACAUUGCAUGUGCAGUGAAGGUUUUUAAUGACACGACAAAUAGAAACCUCAUCACAUGGACAACUCUAAUUUCGGCUCUUGGUCUUAAUGGUUAUGCUCAGGAGGCAUUAGAACGGUUCAGAGAAAUGGAGUUACUGGGGUUUAUGCCUGAUAGGGUAGCCCUUAAUGCUGUGCUUACGGCAUGCAGACACGGUAGCUUAGUAAGCGAGGGGAUCGAAUAUUUUAGGCGAAUGACGAUGAGUUAUGGGGUUGAACCAGAGAUGCAACAUUAUCAGAACGUGGUGGACUUACUAGCUAAAAGUGGGCAUGCAAGGGAGGUAGAGAAAGUAAUUGCCAGCAUGCCUUUCCCACCAAAUGCCAUGAUAUGGCGUAGUUUCCUUGAAGGCAGCAAGAGACAUGAAACUGCCGUUAUCUAGCCACUGGCCAUUUAGAUACGAUCCAAUUUAAGAUAACCUCUAGAUGUUUGCCUAUAGCACAUGUUUGUUGACAUCCAAGCUUAAAUUGUCAAAAAUUUAUUGAAAAAGGUUUAAGGGAACAGAAGAGGUGGAAUCAUUUUGCUUAUUUUUCGGUUUUACAGCAGGUUAAGGU